GUUUUUGAUACACUCUGUAGUUAGUAUAUAAAUUAUCUAUUUUUUCCUAAAGUUAAAAUGCAGCAGGAGAGACAAGACCACCGAAGCUCAAGCGCACGAAAUGAUUCAUACAUAUCAACAUAUAAAAAAGAUUUCAUCGGUGAAUUUGGACACCCUUCUGGAUCAGCAAGGUUAAUAUAAGACAACGAUAUCAGUUGCUAAGGCCUGUUUCAAACGUCGUGCUUCUCGAUCAUGUGCCCAACGCAUUAUUAAACAACAAUACAUAGAUAAAUUAGGCUUCUCAACUGAUUAUCUGUUCUUUUUAAUGCGUUCGGCACAGAAGCACGUUUGAAACGGGCCUUAUCUACAUUCCAAUUUUCUGCUUCGAUUGGCCUUUUCAACACGAUUGCAAGUUUGAAUGCCUGUUGAAGCAGGAAGAUAUAACUGAUAGUCUGGAAAAAAGCAUCAAACAAAUAUAGGAAUAGAUAAACAAUAGUUUAGGAAUGGUCGAUCUAAUAAAUUAACGAUUUAACGGACAGCUUGGGACACCGCAGACGUGUCCUCGGACGUGUCUGUUUAAAAGAGUUAAUUUUUGGGUAUAUAGUGUCCGUAUACUGUAUACACGAUUGUCUGUCUAUAGGCUUCAUUCCUUCCGUCCAUAUCUGAUAUCCUGCUGUGGCUGUGUCCAUGAGUAUAAAAUUUAUUCCUGAGGCCGAGUGUAUAUAUUUUCCAGACCUCGUUCAUCAUCAAUAUAUCCAAAAGAUGAUAAGAUUGAAAUUCCAACGUAUAGAAAUGAUUUUCAAUCAAAACCAGCUCAGAAAACUGAACUCAUAAGAACAGAACCAUCGUCAAGAAACAAUCCACACCCGUUGAAAGUAAGUUUUAUUAUUAUUGACUUCAUUCAUUUGACAAAAUAAAAGUAAAAUCGCCGAGAGUUAAUGUACAAUCAUGCAUCAGUGUAUAUAGUUUAUACUAUUAUAGACAUGAAAGAUAUGAAAAUUUAACGGGAUCGAAAUCACCCAAUUCGUAGAAAACGAGUAAUUGAAUAUAUAGUUCAAAGAAACCACUUCCAUGUGCGUAGGAUGUACAGCGAAUGUACAUUCGGGCAGAAAGAACAUUCAUUAAUUUAUUGACUUUGAACCUUUCACUCCGAGCUGACUCCCCCGCGCGGGCCCCGCCAUAUCCACGCGGCAAAACUAAUGGGUGAUUCCAGCUAUAGACUAAAUUUUGAUCCAGCAAGAAGAACGAAAUUCAACACCUCAGGCACAGCUAGAAAGAGCGUCUUAGAAUUAGUAAAACUAGUGCAAAGGUUGGUAGCUAAAUGUUGUAAAGUGAAGAAAAUAUCGCCCUGUGAUUCUGAAGCUCUCAAAUUUCAUUAUAUUUGUAAUGACGCGCGGUAAAAAUAACACUUUCGCCUAAAAAAUGGUUAUUUUUCCCUUUCGUAAUGCAAAUAUAUACAAAAUUUGCGAACUUCAAAGGGCUAUAUUUUCAAUCACAAUUCGCAACCAAACUUUGCAAUUGUACUCAUUUUAAGAUGCUCUUUCCAGCUAUGGUAAUGGUCUAAUGGACUUCGUUCUUCUUGUCUGGAUCACAAUUUCGUCUGGAAUCAUCCAUUCCGAAGAGCACAAAAGGAACACAGAAUUGUGUUUUAAAGUCCAUUAAAAUCGAGUAAGAUUUUACCAAAUUUCGCCCCUACCUGGUAUACUGUAUUCACACCACCAUGAAGACCCCAGGAACGAGGUUUCAGAUCAAUAUCACUGAAAAUCACUGAUCAAUUAUUGCCGAAAGUUUGGGCUUCGACAAGGCAAGUAACCGCAAGUUUAGCCUGGAAACCCGCUAAUUUAGAAAGCUCACUUUUGAAGACUUGUUCAGUUGUUCCAAUUCUUUGCUUGCACAUGACGUCACCACAUGUCAUUAGGCUGAUUGAUUUUAAAGUUUUGUCCAAGCGUAUAUUAAUAUUUUUGGUUUGUUUUGAAAACAUCUUACUGUAUUAUGGAUACUGUUUACGAUUUCUGGCACAAUAAACAAAGAAUGAAGAAUAUAGAUUUUUAGUUGCCACGAAAAUCAACCAAGAUGGC